AUACACACACUUAAAGGGCUGAAGUGUCUUUUUGUUUUUAAAUUGGAUUCAGGCCUCCACCAGCUUAAUCAAUAAACAAACAAAAGCCUUUUGACUGGCGCUGAGGCUUUUAUUUUGACACUCCGUUUCCGGAGUUGGCUCUCCCUGCAGCCUGCCUGCUGCGCUGCACGCCGCUGCCUGCAUAAAGAGAGCCAACUCCGGACGCACCGCAGCAGCGCUCCGCUCCCAGUCUGCCCGGGAGCCCACACCAUGCAUGGAGGGAAGAGAGGACUGGUGGCUCCGCAGAACACCUUCCUGGAGAACAUCGUCCGGCGCUCCAGCGAAACCAGUUUCCUGUUGGGGAAUGCACAGAUUGUGGAGUGGCCGGUCGUAUACAGCAAUGAUGGAUUCUGCAAGCUGUCCGGAUACCACAGAGCUGAGGUCAUGCACAAGAGCAGCACGUGCAACUUCAUGUUUGGCGACUUGACCGAUAAAAAGACCAUCGAUAAAAUCCGACAAACUUUUGACAACUACGAGUCCAACUUUUACGAGGUGCUUCUCUACACAAAGAACAGAAAACCAAUAUGGCUUUACAUGCAGAUCGCUCCCAUCAGAAAUGAGAACGACAAGGUGGUGCUUUUUCUCUGCACCUUCAGAGACAUCACACUUUUCAAGCAGCCCAUUGAAGACGAAUCAGCUAGAGGAUGGACAAAGUUCGCCAGGCUCACCAGGGCUCUGACCAACAAUCGUAAUCUGGUGCAGCAGCUGGCCCCGCUGAACAAGACCGCGGUCAGCCACAAGCCGUCCAGACUGGCUGAGGCUCUCCAGUUGGGAUCGGAUAUUCUCCCACAGUACAAGCAGGAGGCCCCCAAGACCCCCCCACACAUCAUUCUCCACUACUGCACCUUCAAGACCACCUGGGACUGGAUCAUCCUCAUCCUGACCUUCUACACCGCCAUCAUGGUGCCAUAUAACGUCUCCUUCAGGACCAAGCAGAACAACCUGGCGUGGCUGGUGGUGGACAGCGUGGUGGAUGUGAUCUUCCUGGUCGACAUUGUCCUCAACUUUCACACCACCUUUGUGGGUCCGGCUGGGGAGGUCAUCUCAGACGCCAAGCAGAUCCGGAUGAAUUACCUAAAGACGUGGUUCGUCAUUGAUCUGCUGUCCUGUCUGCCAUACGACAUCAUCAACGCCUUUGAACACGUGGAAGAGGAUUCGUCCCCGCAUCCUUCACCAGCGAGUCAUCUUCGGGAUUUUUCCCACUUUCACAGGAAUUCUACUCGAGCUGAAGACUCUGUUCUCCCGGGCCUCAGCAGCCUCUUCAGCUCCCUGAAAGUGAUCCGCCUGCUGCGUUUGGGUCGAGUGGCUCGGAAGCUGGAUCACUAUCUGGAGUACGGAGCGGCCGUCCUGGUUCUGCUGGUGUGCGUCUUUGGACUGGUGGCCCACUGGCUCGCCUGCAUCUGGUACACCAUCGGGGACUACGAGGUGAUCGACGAAACCACCAACAACAUCAAGACGGACAGCUGGCUGUACCAGCUGGCUCUGAGCAUGGGAACCCCUUACCGAUACAAUGUCAGUGGGCGGGGCCAGUGGGAAGGCGGACCCAGCAAAGACACCCUGUACAUUUCUUCUCUCUACUUCACCAUGACAAGUCUCACCACCAUCGGGUUUGGCAACAUCGCUCCAACCACAGACGGAGAGAAGAUCUUCUCCGUGGUCAUGAUGAUGGUGGGCUCGCUGCUGUACGCCACCAUCUUUGGAAACGUCACCACCAUCUUCCAGCAGAUGUACACCAACACCAACCGCUACCAUGAGAUGCUCAACAACGUGCGCGACUUCCUCAAGCUUUACCAGGUCCCCAAAGGUCUGAGCGAGAGGGUCAUGGACUUCAUCGUCUCCACCUGGGCCAUGUCUAAAGGCAUCGACACGGACAGGGUUCUGUCCAUUUGUCCCAAAGACAUGCGUGCGGACAUUUGUGUCCACCUGAACAGGCAGGUGUUCAACGACCAUCCUGCUUUUCGUCUGGCGAGCGACGGCUGUCUGCGCUCCCUAGCCGUGGAGUUUCAGACCACGCACUGCGCGCCUGGAGAUCUCAUCUUCCACAUUGGAGAGAGCGUGGACACGCUCUGCUUCGUCGUCUCCGGCUCACUGGAAGUCAUCCAGGACGACGAGGUCAUCGCCAUCCUUGGUAAAGGGGAUGUGUUUGGAGAUGUGUUCUGGAGGGAGGCCACGCUGGCUCGGUCCUGCGCAAACGUGCGAGCGCUGACUUACUGCGACCUCCACGUCAUCAAGAGGGAAGCUCUGAUGAGGGUGCUGGACUUCUACACGGCGUUCGCCAACUCCUUCUCCCGCAACCUCAUCCUGACCUGCAACCUACGGAAACGGGUCAUCUUCAGGAAGAUCGCUGAUGUGAAGCGGGAACAGGAGCGGCAGAAGAGCGAGGUGGCGCUCUCCAUCCCCGAAGACCAUCCUGUUCGCAAACUCUUCCAGAAGUUCAGACAGCAGAGAGACACUCAGACUACAGAGGAGUCCCACUUCGAUCACAACUGCAUCCAGAUGGAGGCGCUGCAUCAGCCCGCCUCAGACGUAGACUCCUGCCAGCCGGCAGACGCUCUUCCAGAGGAAGAUAAAACUGCUCAGCAGACUUUCGAGCAUCCUGAGAAGACCAAGCAAAGCUGCAUCCAGGUGACCGUGGAGUCUCGACCCAGACACUGUCAGCAGAGCAGUGCGGGUGGAGCUCCGGCGAGAGGCAGAGGCGCCCGAGGCUGGGCCAGGUUUAAGGCGCCCGCUCCUGCAGAAGCAAUACAUCCCUCUGUGGAGGAGGAGCAGGACGCUUCACAGACCUCCGAACAGGAAACAGAGGAGGGCCUGGAGGGUGGGAGCGCUGCAGGAGAGGCGGGGGACCAAACGAGUCUCAUGCACAAAACGGACUCCUGUGACAGCGGCAUCACCAAGAGCGACCUGCGCAUCGACCGAGCAGGAGACGUAAGAAGCUCCUUUGAGAGGAGCCCGAUGGAGAGGAGUCCUCUAGAGAGGAGUCCGUUCGAGCACAAUCUGGGGGUUUACACCGAGGUCUCCAUCAGACAGGCCUUCAUGCAGCCAGCCUCCGAACAAACUCUGCUCCAAGCGUCGCUGCAUGAAGCCAAACUGGAGCUGAAGGGAGACAUUCGGAGACUGAGCAGCCGCCUGUCACUCCUGGAGUCGCAGGUGAGCGAGAUCCUCAGGCUGCUGACGGCCAAACGCAGACUUUCCCUGCCUCCAGUGUCUGCCAGAGCAAGGAUGAGAAGUCAAGACUGGGUUACGUCUUCCCCCAAAAUGGAAGACUGACCUUACGAUCUGAGAUCUUCCACUCUUCACGCCGCAUGUCCUGCUGAACAGAAGGCACAGCGGAAACUCGUCUGCAUGCAGAAACAGGGAUUUUUUUUAAAUAAACAAAGUCAGCUAUGCAACCUUUACUCAAGAAAACAAAGAGCAAAUAAACAAAUGAGUAAAUGUUGCACGAAAAAAGGUACUUUACUAACUAAUACAGCAUAUCUGAUGCUUUUUGAAAAAGAAAUUACAUCCAGAGGAAACAAACUUUUAAUUUUUGUUACUUUUAUUGUGAAAAUCUUAAAAAUCAGGUGAUAAUUUGUGCCUUACUGAAAUAAAUCUUCACCAAAAACGACUCCGACCACGAAAAUUAACUUCUUACGUUACAAUGACUAUAAGAAAUAAUAAUAACAUAAAUACAGAAUAAUUUUAAAAAAUCAACAUUUAUUGAUAGACCUGUAAAAAUGAAUCAUUUAAUUCAGGGUUUUGUCUUUUUUUCGUGCAAAAUUUGCUUUUCCUCAAAAUUUCAGCAGGUAAUUACAGCAAAGUUACUGUACUUUCCUCAGGUAUAUUUGUUUGUAACAGACUAUUUCAAUAAUUUGUUGCUGAAUUUGUUUUCUGUGUGGCUGCAUAUAGUUCAAACUGUAAGGAUGGCAGCAUGUGUCUGGAUUUAUGUUGCUUAUAACCGUCCUGCACGCAUCUGAACCAAUCGUCAGCUGUAAAACAAAUGACUGAAGCCCGCUCACCUUUUGUUCCUACGUGUCACUUAAUCAGAAAUAUGUUGUAACCAGAUACUUAAAUAAAACUGUUCUCUGACAUGUAGCUUUACUGCAUCAUCCGAAUGCCUUGUUGUUGCCAUGAAGACUGUAAACAUGUUUAAAACUUUGUUUAAGUAUCUGGAAAUACUAGAACUUUUGAAUUCAUUUUGCUUAAUUAUUGUUUUCCCCAUGUCACAAGUUUAAUUAUAAAUCAAAUGGAUUUAACUAAUGCAUCUUUGUACUCUCUUUCACUAGUUAAUUUGUACUUUCAUUUGAAUUAAUAUAUUGAUAAUUAUUUUUUACUUGUUUUUCAGAAAAGCUCCCCAUAUUUGAGAACAGAUUUAUUUUGUACGCUCGUCUCAUUUCUGUAGAUGAUUUAUUUAGUUUUUUUGUUUUCUGCAUGUGAAGAUCAUAAUUAUAUGGCUAUUGACCCUUCACUGGUAAUCGGUAGCCUAACUAAAAUGCACAGAAACAAAUGUAACUUCACUUUUCGAAGUUUCUUUGGAGAAAAUAAAGAUAUUUAACAACAAAAAGAUGUGAUAAAACACAUUUUUAUGC